CUCGGCACUGUUAUGGCUGCCUGACAACCCCAAGGUGCUGCAAUAGUAAGAGAGGCCUGAGUUGAGAAGAAUAGCCCUAAGAUUAAGAGUAUAAAUAAACUAUGGCUGGAGAACAGAAGCCCUCCAGUAGCAUUCUGGAGCAGUUUAUUUUACUAGCAAAAGGCACAAAAGGUUCAGCACUUCCAGCUUUGAUAAACCAAGUGUUAGAAGCUCCUGGCGUUUAUGUAUUUGGAGAACUUUUAGAUUUACCAACAGUGCAAGAGCUAGCUGAUGGGCCCCACUCUGGCUAUUUGCAGCUUCUAAACUUGUUUGCCUAUGGGACAUAUCCAGAUUAUGUUGCAAUGAAGAACAAUCUUCCAGAGCUUUCAACUGCACAGAAAAACAAGUUGAAGCACUUGACAAUAGUGAGCCUUGCAUCCAGGAUGAAGGAAUUUAAAGGCUUAGCUGAUCCUGCUGGAAUUGCAACCUGCCAGAAACAUUUGGCCACCCCUGUGAUGACAAAUAAUUGCAUUCCGUACUCUGUGCUGCUAAAAGACUUGGAUAUGAAAAAUCUUAGAGAACUGGAGGAUCUGAUCAUAGAAGCAGUUUACACAGACAUCAUUCAGGGCAAACUUGAUCAACGCAAUCAUGUGCUGGAGGUGGAUUUCUGUAUUGGACGGGACAUUCCCAAAAAGGACAUCAGCAGCAUUGUGAAGACACUUCAUGAAUGGUGUGAUGGUUGUGAAGCUGUUUUAAUGGGGAUUGAACAACAAGUGCUAAGGGCCAAUCAGUAUAAGGAGACCCAUAACCGCACACAACAGCAGAUAGAGACAGAGGUGACAAAUAUAAAGAAGACCCUGAAAGCCACAGCAUCCUCUUCUGCUCAGGACACCGACCAGCACCUGGCAGAGCGGGAAGGUCCUCCUCUGACUGAGCAAAGACAGCCCACCAAGAAAAUGUCCAAGGUUAAGGGCCUUGUCUCCAGUCGCCACUAGUGGGGAUGAGACAAGGAGAAUGAUUUGGAGAGGAGCAAGGCCUCUCAAGUUUGUUUACAGACUAAACCAUGAAGCACCAGUGUAUCAACCUCUCCCUACCCAAGACCUUUAGAGGCAAUCCUACCAGGAAGGGGGAGGGUAUGAGUCUGUCUUGUUAAUGCAAAACCACCUUGUUAGUGCUCUCAAUGCUGUGAUCCAGCUUGGUUUGCAGUUUCUUGUUUAAUCAGAUGAGGACUCUGGAUAAGCAGAUUAUUGGCCCUUAGUGGAGUAACCUGCUGCAGUCAUCAGCAGGCUUCUCUGCUGUGAAAGGAUUAUAUAAAUGACUGUUUAUCACCAAGUGGUUCAAUCACAGGAGGCUUUGGUCUCAUAAUAUUUAUGAUGAUUUAAAACAUGCAUUUUUGGACCUCUGUACAUCUAGUCUCCUUCUGAACACACUCCCUCUUAAUUAAUUUCCAAAAAAUAUAGUUUUCCUUUUUCCUAAUUUAUAAUCUUAUUACUAACACCUUGCUAUAGUUUUUUGAAAGUCUAACAAUUUCUUGAAGCUUUAUUGUUAUUGCAAAAUAGAAUAAAGUAUUGGAAUGAGGUUGCAGUUUAAGCCAGGGACAGUUGACUGUCAGCGGAAGCUGCUUAACUUCUAAAAGCACUUGCCUAUUAUGAGGUUAUAUGAGAUGUCAAAAAGAACAAAUUUGUUCAGAUAUCAAGGGAAGCUAGAAGUUCGGAUCUGCUUGGCUCAUGUAGUAUGUCCUCUCGACCGCUAACAUGCCUCUAAUUCUAUGUGCCUCUUUCUCUGUUCGGGUCUUAAGAGAGUGGAGGAAAUUGAAUUGGAAUAUAGGAAAAAUGACUUUGUCCAUCGGCAGUAAAUGAAGCGAAGCUAUGAAGAGACACAAUAUUAUUGUGACACUUAUUUUCUGCCAAUGUUGGGGUUGGGUAGAUUUUGUUUGUUAAGGAUACACUAUGUUACCCUUUCAGUGCUUCUAAAUUAAAAAUAAAAAAAUAUACAUUA